AUGGCAAUCUAUGCUCUAUUCUUAUUAUUUUCUUUAGUUUUUUCACAAGAAAAUCAUGAGCACACAGAGCCUGAAGAUAACACAGUGACCGAUAGAGCUGAGCUGAUGAAAGAGUGGAACGAGUAUAUGAAUGAUUUUGUCCCAGCAGAUAUGAUGACUUUUGAUCUGCCAGCAAGGGCUGAAGAAGACUUUAUCGAAACUAUCGAUAUCAUUCCUUCCUAUAUUAGAGGUGCUUACUUCAUAUCAAGCAGAGAAAGUAAGGAUGUGAAUUUUUACAUACUAGAUCCUUCAGGGAAACAGGUCUUCUUAAGAAUAGGGAAAGCUGAAGCCAUUUUCCACUUUGACGCAGCUGUGAAGGGCCAGUAUAUUUUUAGAUUCAAAAAUACAAAGAUGAUGCAGUCGCAUACAGUGACUUUUGCAGUUCAUUGUGGCAACUCUACAGAGGAUCCUCUGACUGCUGAACAUCUGACACCAUUAGAAAAAGACUUAUUGACUGUCCAAAGCUCGGUUAAGGACUUUCAAGUUGAUCAACAAUUUGCGACACUCAGGCAAGAGUCUCAUCAUAAAACGGUGGCUGCAUCAAAUAUAAAUUUGUUAAUUUUCAGUGUGGUUGAAAGCAUCUUUGUAGUUUUUGUCUCAUUUUGGCAAGCGUAUUAUAUCAAGAAGCUUUUAGAUAAUAGACGAGUUCUUUAG